GUCAUGGCCGUAUCUGCUUUCGACUUGCCUCAGGUCUGGCAGAAGCCUGCCGCAGGUGAACUCAUCGAGUCCCUCCAACAACUCCGCGUCGAUCCUCCUAUAUGGAAUCUCAAGGUCUCUCGGGCUGAAGUUCUCAAGCAGCAAGACAUCACAGGGCAGCAUCGAAGGGAAGUUGCGGCUUACUUGUCCACAAUCAUCAAGAGCGAGCUGGCGUGGAUAGAUGAUGAGGAGGACAGGGAGGCUGUCUGGACGGAGGCUAGCAAACGGUUCUCAGAACGCUGCGGACGGAGCGCCAUGGGCGAGAUCACCCGACGGUGGCCCUUCGAGGGAGGCGGGUACGAGGCCUUUGACCUCAUCGUUAGGGAACCUCCUCUGACUGGUGACAACCUCGGACUGAAGACGUGGGGCUCGUCUUAUGUGCUUGCACAAAUGUUACACACCGUCAGCGAGACUUCCUUGUCACAUCUGCUCGGCAACAAGGUCAGCCAGGCUAGGCCAUCAGUCUUGGAGCUUGGGUCGGGGACAGGUCUUCUCGGGCUGGCGGCUGCAGCAAUCUGGAGAACACAUGUCAUCCUUAGCGAUCUCCAGGAAAUCAUGCCCAAUUUGGCUCAUAAUGUCGGUCAGAAUCGUGACAUGAUACAAGAGCGGGGUGGCAGUCUGGAUGCAGGUGCUCUGACCUGGGGUGGAGAUGAAGACGAAGUUGAUCCUGUUCUGUUCGAUGCCAAGAACCAUUUCAAGAUCAUCAUCGUUGCUGACCCGCUCUACGACGAUGAGCACCCCGGUCUCCUGGCUGGUGCUAUUGAUGAGCAGCUUGCUUUUGACGCAGACGCCAGGGUCAUGGUCAUGGUCCCUCAGCGCGAUGCCGUCACAAUUAAGCUUCUCUCGUCCUUCAGAACAGAGAUGGCCUCGAAGUCGACACCGCUCGUCUGCUUAGAGGAGAGCGUUGUUGCGGGUCAAGAUGAUUGGGGUGGUGACGAGGACGAAGAAGCAAGCCACGUCAAAUGUUGGUUAGGUGUGUUUGGAAGAAGCUUGGAACUGUGAUGUACAAACAUCCUACAUUUCUACCAUUGUCAAGCUGUAGAUGUACUUAGUAGUAUGAACCACACUUCUGCAGGUCAACGAAUAUACCAAUUGCC